AAAUAGCCGGGAGUGUGGUCUAUGUUUGUAGCUCACACACAAUCACCUUAACACAUAGUAGCCGCCGCCCCUCCAUUCCACGAAUUUAAAUAAAUCCAUUUUCAUUCUUUAUUUCCCGAUCUUAAUCUUAUUCCAGUGAAGAAGAUUCCAAGGUCAAUUCAACUUAACUCCCCUAUCAUUCAUGUGGAAGCAAAAUGGAAAUUUGUCAACGCCAAUGGUUCUAGAAGCUAGCCGACGGCGGUUUCAGUUUGUUUACGUGAUUCCUUUUGUUACUAGACGAGAAAAUCAACUUUAACAACGCUUCUGUGAAGUUCUACAUCAAAAAUUUGAUUGGAUAUGGAGUCGGCUACUAAAUCAGUAGAUGAAGUUCUGGAAGAGAUAAUGAGAAUUCAUAGUUCUCUUCCUCCACGACCGGGAAUUGAUGAUGUUGAAGGUGGGAAAAUACUCAUACGAAUCUUGGAGGUCGAAGAACAAGCGAAGUUCGAUGCCAUAGUUAGGCAAAAGAAGCGAAAAGAAGUUACUGAAGAAUUAUUCACCAUUUUGGUUGAGAUGCAGAAGAAUUUAGUCCGUUUCCAGAGUGAAGAACAAAAGAAGGAAGCGAUUAAACUACUGGAUCUCGAAAAUUACCACCAACUGUUCGACGAAAUGAUUCAAAGAGCUUCCAGUUGUUGUGACAAUAGCACCCAAUCAGUCGCAUCAACUUCGAGCAAUUCUUUCUCUUCCUUCUCCACUUCAAAUUUUAGCAACGCUUCACCACACACGGUGACUCUGCCUACAAAACCGAUUUCAAUCAAAACUUCUGAGUUGUUGACAAGAGAUGAUAGCUACGUGACAAAAUCCAAGCCAAUCUUCAAUGGAGAUGUGAUAAGAACAGGGCUUCAAUCAAACGACGUGUUCAGGCCCCAGAUUGUGGAUUCCACUCUAAAACCUGCAACUACUUCCGGCCAAAAUGGAGCAAAAUUGAAUCUCAUGAAGCUUGCUAGUCUAAUCGAAGUUUCUUCAAAGAAAGGAACCAAAGAUCUCAAUCUCUGCAACAAAUUAACAGAUCAAAUUGAAUGGCUUCCCGAUUCAAUAGGGAAGAUCUCCACUUUAAUCACACUCGAUCUAUCAGAAAAUCGUCUUGUUUCUCUACCAUCUUCCAUAUCAUCCCUUUCAUCAUUAACAAAACUAGAUUUACAUUCCAACAAACUCAUCCAACUCCCAGAAUCUUUAGGAGAUCUUCUUAGUUUAAUCCAUCUUGAUCUUCGAGCAAACCAGUUAACAUCUCUUCCUCUUACAUUAACCAAAUUGAUCCAUCUCCAAGAACUUGAUUUAAGCUCAAACAACCUAUCAAUUCUCCCUGAAUCAAUCGGUUCUCUUAUCAAUCUCCAAAAACUAAACAUUGAAACCAAUGAAAUUGAAGAAAUCCCACAUGUCAUUGGUCAAUGUGUAUCUCUGAAAGAGCUUCUUGCAGACUACAACAAGCUUAAAGCUUUACCAGAAGCUGUAGGAAAACUCGAGUCAUUAGAAAUCCUUUCUGUUCGAUACAAUAACAUUGGAAGAUUACCAACUACAAUUUCAUCACUGAUAAGUUUAAAAGAGCUUAAUGUAAGUUUCAAUGAACUCGAAUCAGUUCCUGAAAGCUUAUGCUUUGCUACUACCCUUGUGAAAAUCAACAUCAGCAACAACUUUGCUGACUUAAGAUCUUUACCAAGGUCAAUUGGUAAUCUUGAGAAUUUGGAAGAGUUGGAUAUGAACAACAAUCAAAUCAGAAUCUUUCCAGAUUCUUUUAGGAUGUUAUCGAAGUUAAGAAUCUUGAAAACUGAAGGGAAUCCUUUAGAAGUUCCACCAAAAGAUGUUCUUGAUAAAGGCGCUCAGGCUGUUAUCUUGUACUUGAAUGAACUCCAUGAGAAGGUGGAGGAGAAGAUUCAACCAAUCAAAAAGAAGAAAUCUUGGACUCAAUUUUUUUUUUCAAUUUUUCAUGAGAUGCUGAGCUGUCAUGGGCUGGAACAAACGUAAUAAGUUCUUGAUGGGUCUAAUCUUCAAGGGACAUAGGAUAUUUGUUACUCUUAAUUUUUGUUGGGGUCAUGUGUUGAUCACGAUGGGGUUGGCCCUUGUCUAUUCCAUCACAAGAAGUGUAUAACCGUUGCAAGUCAUUAAAUUGUUCGGUUGCUGUGAUAAUUGGAACAACAUUGCGUUUGUCGUAUAUUGGUGUGU